GGGGCAGAGGCGGGGCGCUUAUGUAAGCGUGUGCGUAGGGAGCCCAGCCCCCGCCGGGUGCCGGUUUGUGCGGGUAGGGGGGACUGUGGCCGCGCUGCCCCCCCACGGAGUCUUAGUCCUCGCACAUCCCCCUCUGCGCGGCCGGCCCGGCCCCCUGCCCGAGGAGGGAGGGCGUCUCCCCUCCCGUGUGAGUUUAAGUUACGUGCCGUUGCUUACGAAACAGUCCGUGCUUCUGUCGGCUCCGGCAGCGGUCCUGAGGUGGCGUAUAAAAAAAGCUGGAACAGAACCGCUGAGGAAGAGGCAGAGCUGGCUCGGCCGUGCGGCCUCCUGCUGCGGGAGCUGCUGAAAGAAAACACGUUUUCAAGCGAGUACUGAGCAGCAGAACGAGUUAAUGGUCUCUCUAGCACUGUUAGUAAAGUCAUUGUUAGUAAAUGGUGUAUAUCUGACGUCUUCUCUUUUAAUUACAGAGUUCAAACCCCCGUCUGCGUGCUGCCGACACACCAGGUUUCCCCUCCUCUCGUGUGAGCCACUAGGCAUGGCUAACUACUGCAUGAGGCGACACGCUGUUGUUCUCUCUAUAUAGGGCUGAAUUCCACGAUGUUGAGAGGCGUUGCUCACGGUGCAAAAGAUACAUUUACUCUUCUGUUGAUAAGAUCUCAGUACUGUAACCCGGGAUUGAAUUUUUCAUCUAUAUGGACUGAAGUAGCAAGCAGAAGCUUCCCAAUACAUUGCAGUUACACAACUGAUACAAAAUCAAGAGAGGAAAAUAAAAAAACCAUUGAGAGUCUCUACAGCUUGUCAGUCGACAUUAAGAAAAUACGCAGACUAAAGGAAUGGGUCCUUCUCCAGGAUGUGGCCUACGUUAAAGAAAUUGCUGGUAUCUUACAAGAAAUGGGUGCGGAUGAGACCACAGUAGCCAACAUUUUAGAACGCUGCCCAGAGGCAGUUCUCCAUACCCCUGCAGAGAUAAACUCUCAAAGAGAUCUGUGGCAAUUAGUAUGCCAGAAUGAAAAACAGCUGAUUAAAUUAAUAGAGCAAUUUCCAGAGUCUUUUUUUACUACUGAAAAUCAUGAGAACCAGAAGGCAAAUAUACUGUUUUUUCAAGAGUUGGGACUUAAGAAUAAUAUAAUCACCAGGUUCUUAACAAGUGCACCCAGUAUUUUCUACAAUCCUGUUGAGAAAAACAAAAACGUGAUAGAGACAUUACAAAGAAAUUAUUUAAGUUUAGGAGGUUCUGAUGCAAAUAUGAAGAUCUGGAUACUGAAGCUAUUGAGCCAAAAUCCAUUUAUUUUAUUAAAUACCUCCACCUCAAUCCAGGAGAACUUGGAGUUUCUCCAGAAGAAUGAUUUCACUGACCAUGAAGUUCUACAGCUGCUGUCCAAACUUAAAGGUUUUAUUUUUCAGCUUACUCCUACUACUAUGCAGAAAAGUAUGCUUUUUUCCAAAAACAUCUUUAAGUGCAGCGAUCAAGAAUUGAAACGGUUAGUGCUGAAAUGCCCGGCCCUUCUCUACUACUCUGUUGCAGUUUUGGAAGAAAGAUUUGAAGGACUACUGAAGGAAGGAAUUUCUGUAGCACAGAUUAGGGAGACACCAAUGGUGCUGGAAUUGACAACGCAAAUUCUUCAGUACCGAAUUAAAAAACUCUCUGCUUUGGGAUAUGAUAUAAAGAGUGGAACUCUAGAAAGCUUGAAUGGUACUAAGAAAGAUUUUGAAGUCAAUUAUGGUAAGAUACAGUCAAAGAAGGAGAGACCAAUUUUUAAUCCUGUUGCUCCUAUAAACAUUGAAGAUUAAUUUGAAUGCUGUCCUUUACAUUAUGCAAAAGAAAAUUAUCAAAGAGAAAAGAGAUGUUGGUUGAGAAGAGCCAAACCAAAAGUAAUCUUAAGCAGAUUGUAGCCAGACACUGUACUUUGUCCUGAAGUGGGUCUCAGGCACAGCGUCAUUAUACAAUUGUAGAUUUCUGAUCCUUUCAAAUAAUAUAAUAGAACCUGGUUAUGAUAAAGAUUGCCUUUUUUUCCUAGGGAGUACCUCAUAUGUUUCUUUGGUGCUGUUACUUUUCGUUAUCUAACAGGGCAUUAACUGCUUUGGAUUUUCAGCUCUGUCAGUGCACAGUCCACCCUGUGGAAGCGAUUAGCACAAUCUUUCUCUAAGAAAGAGAAAAGGAGGGUUAUUUUUCCAGCAGUGUUCAUCAGCCCACCGGUUCACUGACUGUUGGAGACUUUUGGAGUUCUGCUCCUUAAUGCUGAAAUAAGGAGCUCUAACUCCCAGAUCCUGAACUGCAGCAGGAUUUUCUUCUUGGAUAGGAGAUCCUAGCUAGAGCGCAGUCUGAGAACAGGGGCAAGACAUAAUAUUUUUAUUUAGUGACUGCUACACUGAGGCCCUAGCAUGUUUGCAGGUAAACUAUAAUGCAAAGGAACUACAAGACUACUUCCUUUACAUUUCUGAAGCUUCAAAAUGUACUCCUUUUGCAAAAGGUUUGGGGCAGGAAGAAAUACCUUAUCUGCUAUUAUCUAGUUGUUAAUUUCUUCUUUUCUAGCAAGGCUCGGGGAGAGAAAAGGUUAGGGAGAGACUCACAUGAGUCUCAGAUAGUUGUAGGAGAGAGGAAAAAGUCAUGCUUUUAUGUUAGGUGUAACAAAACUCUAGUCUGUAAACACCUGGUGAUUAAAAGUGACUACCAGAUUUGCAAACAGCUGCCAGAGUUUCUAAAUAUAUGGGUGACAUUGCUUCUCAGAUAUCACCGAAUGGUAAUUGUUGACAAGUGCUGGCUUUCAAAACAGUAACUAUCUGACAGUGUUUAAGUUCUCAGGGGAUUUUAUUUAUGGCCUAUGAAUGGUAAUAUAAAACAGUAGCAUCGUUAACAAUCAUCUCAAUAGAAUUAUAGGAUCAUCAGUGAUUUUAUUUCUCAGAAAGACCUUCCUAAGCAACUAUUCCAUACACUUUUUGCCUGUUGUCAAGAGGGAAUGAGAUUUACACCACCCCCCCACCCCAGGCCAUUCUUCAAGGUCAUUUUUAACAGACAUUUUGGCAGCAAGUGCAGGGUUCCUUUUCUUAAAGAUAAGUUUUAAAUUGCUGAGGAAAGCUCAUAUUGAAUUACUCGUUUAGAGGGUGGGCUGCAAGAUGAUGAUUUUAUACGGCCUGCCACAUUAUCUGCUGCAAGCUUGGAAAGGGUUAGAAACAUCUGGUUAGAGCAGUGCCAAGAUCUCAGCAGCUGAAGGUCUUAAACUCACUGCCAUGCAGGCGAGCGCGGACGUGACGGCAGCCUGUAGGGGUAAAUGCCACUCUUGUAAGAGCACAUGUGACACUGGCGACAAUUCGAGAAGGGGCACAUAUCACCAGCACAAGAACAGUCAGGCUGUCUUACUAAGCCAUUUCUUUGCUGAGUCUUCCAAACACAUUACUGUUUUCUAAGAGGAAACGGCAAAGACAGCCAUAUUAAAAAUUCAUAGGAACUUGCCUUUGUCACUUUUUUACUGUCCUUCAGUGCUCAACUAUUAAGCAGACCACAAUAUUAUUUGAAUUCAAAAGCAUCCUUCCCCUCAGACACAAGGGGGCAUUUCAGCUCUCUGAAGCUAUUCAUAAUACAAGCCCUAAUGUUGAACCACACAACUGAUUGGUGGUUUAGGAUGAAAAGGAAACCAUCAUACAAAACAAUGUUUUCCCUGAAAAUGUAGUUUCAGCAUUUCUACAGGUGUCUAGUUUAAAAGUUCCUGAAACAGCUUAUUCCAAUCACCUACAAUAUUUCCAGUGGCAACGGACAAGACAGGAAAGUGACAUACUUCCUUAAUUGAGUCACAGCCCAAGUUAUCACAAACUCAUUUUCCAUUCUGCAUGUUUCAAUUCCUCCUCCUCCCCUUUCAAGACACAAGCAGAAAGACUCCUUUUCUCUACCAGCAGACCAAAAUUCAUUCAAUCCUCCAUUCAUAACUCUCUGCCUGGGACCCAUUUCCUCUCUUCACAGGAUUCAUUUAUAAUAAAACCUCAGGGAAGCUCCCAAUUACCAAAACGUUGUAUUACUGAAAUCUGCUUCCUCGUCUCUUGCUGUUGCUCACUGUGAAUGUGAACCAGUUUAUACUGUUUAAGUCUGGCAGAUAAAAGCCUGUAGACCAGCCUUUCAUUACACAGUGAGCAGUCAGGCGUGCAAGUAGUCUUAAUAAACAUUUCCCCUUUUGAAAUGGGGGCUGGGAAAAGGAAGGUAAAAUAAAACCCACAACAAAACUAACACAAGAACAACCCCACUCCCCCUAAAAAUUUCAGUUCCAUAUUCCAUUCAGCUCACUGAUCUUAAAUGUGGAUAUCCCCAAGCCUCAGCUCCCAGGAAAAAAAAAAAUAGUACAAGGGAUCUUGUGACUACACACAACCAACACCACAAUGAAGUUACAGUUUUUGUUAGGACCUGGUUGCCACUAUUUAGAUGGAGAUAAAAUACACUCUGGGGCAAGGUACAGUGGGAAGACUUAUACCCAAAUAUGCCUUUCUCCACAAAUUAACUAAGGAAGCUUUCAAAUGUCUGAAACAGCAAUAGUUUAAUGUUUCACAAGUGUCAGGACAGAAUCAGAACAAGUUUUUAAGACAAAGCAAGUUUCAUAAGUGAAUGGAAAACAUGCAGGAUAUAGGACAAAGCUCUUUUCAAAAACUAAAACCAUAUGCCAUGUUAAAGUGUUUCAGUUACAAGAAUCAGAAGUAAUAGCUACAGGAUAUGUUAAGCACAAAACAUAAUGAAGUGUCGGCAGCUCUUACAGAUCUAACAUCGCUUACCUCAGACCACACUUGUUUUGCAGCAAGUUUCAUAGUAUAAAAACUAGAGAAUGUCAUAGAAAAGGGGUAUGACCAGUUCAACAUUUGUUUUCAGAAAACGAUUAGGAAGGGUUUGGUUGAGUGUCACAACUAUCACCAUGCUCCAAAGAGGUGACUCAGUGAGUUCAGUGGUAGCACUCUGGGGAUACAUCUACACUGGGAACUGCGAGGGAGCAGAUGACACUAAGUUAUUUGCUGCAGCUAGAUUGCCUCCAAUAUCCGAGCUAGCUCAUUCCUAGAGCUAACUGGUAUUCUUGAACUACGCUAUAUUCUAUGCGAUUAGCUCUUGUCUAUAAAAAACAGUUGACGUCUUCCAUUUAUUGCAUACACUUACCUCAUUACGCCCUGGCAGCAGAACAGAACCAAGCAGCUGGUGCAACUAACAAAAGGAGCAGGUAAUUCCAUUUGCUGGGUUUUUGCUCUCCCCACCGCCCCAAAUUCCGGUGCUUAUGAAUACCAUGCUACCAACACAUACAACGGUUACUGAUACCAAAUAAAGUUGUUCCAGACUGCAGUUGAAGUACCCAUGGCUCAGAGAGACUAGGCGACUACUGUACCAUAAUUUACACAUAGUAUACUUUGAACACCCAUGAAUAUAGGACUAAGUUUUAGACAAGUGAUAUGUUCUGAUUUUUUUUAAUUUCUAAAAAGUCUCCCUAGAUAUCCUUCUUGUACAACCAUAGCCACUGAAAAAGUAAGCUUACGUGCUUAGAUGUUCUCUGUAGGAACACAAGUUUUUAGAAAAUACUGCAUACAUAACAUUCACAGCCACCGCCUCUGGGCUUCCAAAGAGGUUACUUAUUUGCAAAGUCAGUACAAAAGAAAAAAAAAAUCACCGACAGCUAUUUUUUAUUUUAAGGCAACCUCAAGCUGUGUAUUACAAGUGCAUUUCGCCUUACGCUGCAGAGGACCUACAGAUGUUCCCAUCUGAGGUGUGUCAACAUUUGGAAUCUGUCGGUACACAAUUAGAUGAUGGUUUGUUUUUUUUUUUAAGAAGGCCUCAUCUACCUAUUUUGGUUUGUUUUAAAUAAAAGUAUUGCAUUUUAUUCAAAAAAUCAAAAUGCAAAGUAUAAGAGAAA